AUGGACACCAGAAGACUUUGCAAUCCUCUUCACCAUAACUUUUUAGUCAAACAUAAUGGUGCUUUGGACAAAGUUGUUUAUUACAGUCACAAGGGAAUCAGGCGGCGAUCAACUUCACACUCUUCUUAUGGUGUCGGAUUAUUGGAAUCAAACCAUUCCGAAACAGAGUCAUUCGCUAAAUUAUAUAUCCAUCUUAAAUUCAAUGAAACAGGUGAUGUGAUUGCAAAAGAUAACAGCGAUAAUGAUUAUUUUGGAAUACUCAGAAAUAACGCGAUGUUUGUUGCCGGUAGAAAUAAUGAUAAUGCUGCUCUGCUCAAUGGAGUCAAUGGUUACGUGGAACUACCUCGAGAUUUAGUUCUUUCUUCGGCAGAUUUUACUAUUACAACAUACGUAUGUUAA